ACUUCUGCAAUUAACAUUUUCAGGAUGUUUUAGUGGGCCUAUCAUAAAUGAAUUGAUAGGGAAAGUUAUAACAAGUUUUUUCAAUUCAAUGGAGGAUACCUACAUGCUCUUAGAUAUUUUAAAUAAAUGUAAUGAUAUAUUAAAGAUUAAUAAUGCAGCACAAGGAGUUAAAGAGCAUUUAAUUAAUCCAUCAGUAUCAAAACUGUUUUCAAUCAAUAUACAUAAGCCAAUUGAUUCCAAAAGAUGUACUUUGACAAUUCUUUCAAAUCUUUAUGUUACACUGGGAAAGCUGACAGGAAGAUGCAAUGAAGAAACCUUGUCAAAUAUUAUGAAAUUAUCAAAAUUGAUUGAAAAUAAUACAGCAUUCAUUAAUAAUGUUCCACAACCCAUUUUAAUGCCAUCUUUGAAAAAUAAUAACCUUGUGGAUAAAAAUAAUCAAUUUUCAGCAGAGAUAUUGAAACUUGAUUUAACAUAUGCAUUAUUGCAAACCAUAUAUAGCAUAAUUUCCACUUUGGGCAAACAUAUUCCAAAUCACAUUAUAAAGGAUGUUUAUAAAAGCAUGAUUAUUAAAAAUGACUAUUUGCUAGAAAAAGAAGAAAAUAUUCAGAUUGGUUCUCAAGAUAUAAUGUUAACAAAAAUGAAAGCAGCAGAAUGUAUUCUAGCAAUGAGUGAAAACUUUAGUCCCAUCUAUAUGGCUGACCACGAAAAUUUGAUAGCUACCUGUCUCAAAGCGUUUGAAAAUUCUGAUGCAUUAACUCGAAGUUCCAUAGGCAAUUUGGUAGGAAAUAUUGUUCAUAAGCUUGUUUUCCCAGAUUCUAGAAUGCUGCAGGAAAAUCAAGGCAACAACAAAUGGAAGAUUUUGACGAUCCAGGACGGUUUCAACGUGCUAUGCAAAGCUGUUCAUUCGAAACUCAAUGCCACUUUGGCCAAACUCAAUUCCUCGCAAUCCGCCCUGCCCAACUUUCUUGUCAAAAGUAGCCCAGAUACGACGGAAGCUUCCAUAAUAAGCGCUUACAAAAGCGUGCACGUAGGAAUAAUUUACGCUUACUUCGAAUUCGUAGCCCAGGCGAUAAUAAAUAAUAAUAGUAGUACAAAAAAAGUUGAUGGUGGCAAAACUCAACAUUUAUCUCAAACCUCCUGGGUAGAUACCCAUUUCCCAAUAUAUCUAGAUCACAUUAUACAUGACCAUGUGAUACCUAUCGCACACCGAACCAUAUGGCCGCGGGAUUUAGGAGAAUUUGGACGUCGCUGUGCUAGGGUAUUAUUAAAGAGGCACCUAACAUUAAGGCUUUCUCAAAACGAAGCCAUCUUCUGCUCCACAGCCAUUUUGUCUCGAAUUGAAAAAUUUGCCAUUGGUUCCGAAUUCAGAACUCAUUUUAUGGACGAAUACUCGACCAAUAAUACCAAUUUUAAAAAUAGAAGUUUACCUCGAGCUAAAGAUGCACAAGAAUGUGCAACCAAAUGUGAAGUGCUUUGCCUAUUACUCAGGCAAUUCAACGAUUACAUUAUCGAUAUGGGACCAUCUUUAAAAAAAAUAAUACAAGAUUAUCCUAACGUUCAAUCUCAACCAUGGGCGUAUCUAGCUGGCCACUCAGAUGCCAACGUUUCUUACUUAUCGGUCUUAUGCCUCAAAAAUUGUGUACUAAAUGUUGGUCUCUCUACUAACAUUCUCAAAACCUACGUCAAUUACUACUGGUCACUUUUGCAAAACUAUUCUAGGAGUCCUAAAAAUAGUUCCAACAAAUCACGUAUACCGUUCAAUAGUUGCUUAGGUCAUUCCACGGCAUUUUUAACCCUUUGGGCUCUCUACACAAGUAAUACUUCCAUUGUUCCCCCCAUUCAUUUCAUAACGACCGAUAGUAUAUUGGACUUGAUCGAUUCGCUUCAGGGAUAUAGUUCACGAAAAGGAGGUGAUCCAAUCUCCAAAUUUUAUGCUGAAAAUGAAGAAAUCGUCGAUGAAAAAGUUCUAUGGGAUACAAUUGAGAAGAUUAGAGCGGGUUGGCAAACCCUAAAUUGCGUUAUAAUUACUGGCGAAUCAUGGGUAAAAAGAAAUGUUGCCAAAUUUAUCUCCAUUUGGGAACAUUUUAGUGCUGUUACCCCCGAUACCUUGAAAAAACUUAAAAAUUUACCUCCAGAAUCUCAAAACUGGUAUGGGUUUCUGGAAAAUUUUUGUGGAACGUUAUACACUAUGGAUAAAUUUGUGGAACGGUUCAAGGACAGGUCGUUUAUGCCUGAAGGACAUUAUAAAAGCUUUGCACAUCUAGUCGGUUCGGCUCUGGCUUUUAUUUCUAAUAUUACAGAAACCGUUAGAAAUUUGCCUCCGAAUCUCAUCAUUGUAAUUUGUCGGGCCAAAUCCCAUUUGUUUUCCAUCAUCAAUCAUUUACCACCCAAAACAUUUGAAAAAAGCUAUAAUACCCUGCUAAGAGAGAUUGUCGUUGAAACUUUGCAAUCGGCCGAUUCUUUUUCUUCAUCGUAUUAUCAAAAUGAUACCACUACUAAUAAUAUGAGUAUUCUCUAUCCAGCAUUAUCCUCUCCCAUUCGAUACACUUCAGCCCCACACAUCCCGUCAGCUGUUUCUUGGGGUCGUAUCCAAAACAUAGAUGGGGCUGGUUACGUUGAUAAUGAUCAAAAGAAUUUUGGGAGAAAUUAUAAAAACAACGGGAUCAACGCAGAAGAAAUAACGGUCGUCGGUUGCCAAGAAACUGUAAUUGGAAUAUUGAUGCCAAAGUAUACUGAUACGGGACGGGGACAAAAGCAGGAAUUGGAGAAUUUACUAGAUUCUGAAAUAAUUGUAGCAAAUUACCAUUUGUAUAACAUCGAUUCUUCUCCAUUGAUAUCGAAUUCCAACACAGAUAAAGUAUCAUUAACGGGUUCUCUGACGUAUCCUUCCUUACGAUUAAAUCCUCCGUUUCCCUGUAUCCUAUUGGAUUCAUCGUUGGCUCUUUUCGCUAAAAUAUUUCCUUUCAUAGCCGAUAAACAUAGAUUACAAAUAUUGAAGCACUUCAACUCUACCCCAACUAGGAUGACAUCAAACGCUAACGCAUCGACAGCUUUACCAUCCUCCACAGGUGGUACAGACAAUAAUAGUUUAACUUUGAAUCAAUCGGAACCCAUCGUUAUAACGCUUAUCAAUAUCUCGGUCGCUUUAUUAUUGGCUUUUAGAAACCUAGAAUCUCACAAGCUUAAACUGUGUACUUCUCCAGGUCAAAGUCCCAAAAUAUAUUCUGAACUAAAAUCCGCAAUAUUGGAAUUCGUUACUAAUGCGUUCGCUUAUAAAAAUCGCCUCCUACGGAUUUUGUCAACUCAUCUAUUAGCCAAAUUGGUAUCCAUAGAGAAAGAAAAUAAACUGGCACAAGAUGUCUUUCGAAAUUGUUUGGAAAAGUUGAAAAAUGUGACGGACCCUUUUAUAAGGUCUAGUUAUGCGCUAGCCCUAGGUAUGGUUUACAAAUACGUUGAUAGAUCAUCUGGAGAUUUCAAAUCUGCUAUUAAUUUGCUUGUCACUCUGUCUCAAGACCUGGUUUCUAGCGAAGUCCAGUUAUGGAGCCUGACGGCUUUGUAUCUCGUCUUAGAUAAUAACCAUACCCCUCAAGGCGUUAGAGAAUAUACCGAGUCGCUUCUAAACCACUUUUGCGAACGAUUAUUGAGAGAAAAUUCUAGCAGGGUUUCGAUUAGGACAGCGAUUUGUAAAUGCAUAUCAGCAUUGAUAAAUGGCGUCGGACCGGAGUUGAAAGAUAAUUCAACUUCCAUGAUAAAUAUAAGAUCCCUCUUUUUCACGAUUUCAUCUAUUCUACAAAGGGACCACAUUCCGUCCAUUAAAACUGAUGCCAUUCUUUGCUUGCAACAGCUAUACAUGUUCGUACCUACCCAGCAUUUCCAAAUUUCCGAUAUUUUAAAUUACCUUAUAAAUUGCUCUGCGCAUACAUACCCACCGUUGAGGAAAGCGUCAAUUUCCUUCCUUAAACAGCUCAUUCAAAAGGAGCCAGAGAACAUAUGCUCUAUUCUAGAAGGGCAGAAUAUUUCCACUAGUGCUAAUACUAACGAUGCCAAGAGAAAUCCCUUUGAUUUACUGAAUUUUUUGAUCCGAACUCUCAACAGGGAAAGAGAGGACGCUACAAAAAUGCUAAUUAAAUAUACUAUAAUCAACCUGCUCAACACUCCUGUUUUGAUCGACAAGUAUCUAUCUCAUUGGAUAUCUUUAUUCGGGACGGUAUUGACCUCCAAAAUAUCUAACACAUCCUCCCCACUCUUCGAACUCUCUCAGUUCUCUUCCGCAUCCAUCAACGACGAAAACGAAGAAAAUCAUUUUUCCUCCUCUGCCAUUACCACCACACCUAUAACCAAUGCCGCAUUAAAUCCUGUCAACGAAAAUAUCAAAAGUAAUAUCAGAUUUAAUUCACCUUCAGUGGAAAACGAAAAUUUUUGGGAGAUCAAUGUGAAAUUAUUUUGCGCCGAGAGACUAUUGGCUUUGGUUAAGCAAAGUGAUGGUCACGGUAAAUUCAAAAAAAAUAACUUAACAUUAUCAGGAAAUAGGAGAAACGAAGAAGGAGAUCCUGAUCUUGAUUUGGCCCUUGCCAGGAAAUUAGUCAAGAAAGAACCUAAAAAUGAUAAUUACUUAGUCCUUCAUUUGUCGGAAUUAGUUAGACUUUCUUUCGUAUGUGUUACCAAUACUGAACGUUAUGCUCCGAUUACUGUCGCAGGCCUCGAAAUUUUAGCUAUCCUUAUAAACGUUUUCCAAUACAGUCCAGAUCCCGAUUACGUUUCCGAUAAUUUGAAAAUUUUGAAUACAAUAAAUAUUGACAAAAUUGGUGAUUACUACGAAGAAUCUCAUAAAAAUGGCGGUAAAAAUGAUCCCAACUAUUUAAAUAAUACUAGUGAUGGUAGCAAUACUCACUACUUGCUGGAACAGUAUCAAGCUCAAAUGAGUGCGUGUCUAAGACAAGUUUUUAAUUCUACGCAGCAAGAUACGACCCAUGUAGGAAAUGGUGCAAAUAAUAAUAAUGUUUUUUCUAAUCGCCACGAUAAAUUAGCAAUCAAAGGAGGUGAUGAUGAUGAUUUGGAGAGCAAAGGUAUCAAGUCUUCUUCACCUAUCAUUAACGAUUGCACAAAUCUCGAAAGGGAUUCUAGGGUAUUGGCUAAAGCUAGCCAGGUUUGCAGUUUGUGGGUGUCUGCCGGAAUACGGUACCAUAACGAAGACAUCAAAAAAAUCAGGACACUUUUGCUUGAUUCAUUUUAUAUGCUUAAAAGUUCCUUGAUCGGUCGGGAAGAUUGUUACGCCGUCAUUGAGAAGCUGGCCAUUAUACAAGCAUGGGCCGAGAUAUUCAUAGUUGAAAAUGAAAAACAUGAUUUCCGAUCCCGCGAAAGCUUUAUUCAAAAUUGGAAAAAUGAUAAUAACCAUCAAACCUGUGGAGAAAUUAUUAAUUUAACGUGCAUUUCUCACCAAGAUUUGGAUUACCUCAAAUUAUAUUGGACUAUGGCCCUCAAGGAUUACACUCUACUAAAUCUAUCGAAAGACUUUCAAAAAAGAAUAAAUUUUGCUGACAAGCCCUGUCAUUUUUACACGCGAGAACUGUGCAAUACCAGCUCACUUUACUAUCAAAACGCAUGGCCUACGUUAAUCAAAUCUAUGGCUUAUUACAUUAAGGUCUUCUUGACGCAAGAUUUAAUGACCAAUGACCAAGUUCAAACUAUUUCAUCUAAAGAUGCGAAUAGCGAUUCUCAUGUCGUGUCAAAGGACAGUGCAAAUGAGAGCCAUGAGCAUGAUUGUAAUGAUAGUGACAGGAAAGAAUUGUUGCAUUUAAUUUUGGGAAUAUCCUUGGAAGCGCUUUGCAAUUCCUGUUUAGAUCUUUCUAUCCACGAUAUAAUAAUGUGCUUGGAUACACUCAUCAUCUUAUUCGGAUCCCAACAAAUUAUACGUUAUAUUUUGACUACGGAGCCUGACAUUGUAAAUGAGACCAUACAGAUUUUGCACAAAAUUUCCAUAGCACACAGCUUGGAUACAGACAUUUUAGCUUUAGUCGGCAGGAUAUUAGGUCUAAUAUUUCGAGAAAAUUGGGAAAAUAACGAAUACGAAAGGCAUUCCCACAAUAAAUCCGAAGAAAAAAGUCACGAAAAUUCGUUUAUUAACGUAAACCAUGUCAUACGUGUAUCUGGGUGUAGAUUAACCAUUCAACUCUUGAAAGAUUCAUGGAAAGAUCAUUCAUUGAUGUCUGAAUGUAUGGACGUUUUGGGCCUUUUGGCUUUAAGCCCUGUCACUCAAAAAGGAAAUCUCAUGUCACCUUUCUUGCCCAUCUGUUUAAGCCACCUGUAUGCUCUUUACAAACAACCGAAUAUUGCAAACAUCAAGUCGAAUUGCCUCUCUCAUAUGAUUAACGUUUUGUCCUCAAGCUACAAAAACCUGAUUAAUAAGGGGCACACAAAGUUUCCCGAAAAUUCCCUCGAAUAUGAAAAUAUUCGGGAAGAUUCUGAAAUCUUAAAUGCCGGCACUUUCGGCCAAUUGAAUUUCGUGUUUGAGGCUCUUUUCAAAAACGUUUUGAAGGACAGUCAGAAUCCAAAAUUUGGUCCCGAUACGGCAUUGGAAUUUUUAUUCGAAGCCUCUAAAUUUUACUCUAUCGCACUGCGUAGUAAGGAAGGAAUGGAAUAUAACAUAGAUUCUCGAUAUUUACCCUUGACAGAUUUUCAAGAAGGAUCCGUCUUUAGUAAAUACAUGGAUAUAUUGGGGAAAUUGAUGGACGAAAAUGUCGGCAAACCUUCGUACAAUCAAUAUUUGAUCAUUUUUAGAGGUUUGAUAGUCAAUUGCCCAAUUCCUUUGUCUCACAAUUUUGUUAGAUGUAUUUUACCACAAGUUUUGAAACAUUUUUGGCGAUUUCACGCUAAUAUAGCGUCUUCUACCCCCUACGGGAAAGAAGGAUUAACCCAAAUCGAUUUAUCACUAGACGUUAUGCUAACAUGUUUGGAUCUUUCCGAUAGAAAUGAAAACCAGGCUUAUAUUCACUUAUUGACUGCCUUAAUAUGUCGGAUGGCUGCACAACAUUCCACACCAGACCUUACUUUAAACAAGAUUUUGCUAACCAAGAUAACCCAUUUAGCUAGCUCCUUUCCAGCCCAGAUAAAGGUCAUUCUCAAAUCCGAUCCUAGGCUUAAAGAUAUUUUGGAAACACUCACUGCCGAUUUCAAAAAAAUUGAUGAACACAACCAUGAAGAAAAUUAUAAUAACGAAAAUCGAUCCCAACUAUUUCCGGGAGAUGCAUUUGAAACUCAAAUUGGCGAAAAUAGUCACAAGGAAAAUAAAGCUACUACAAUCACUGGUGUUAGUAUCAAAUUAAAAACCAAUUUUAAUAAUUUCGGUUGAGAUUCAGUGCCUUUAUUUUGACUUCAUUUUCCUCAUUUUUUAUACUUAUUUGGUUUGUUGGAAAAAACUAGCAAGUUAUAUUGAACUAAAAUUAUAAAAUAUUUUAUUAAAUAUGAAGUUUUGGAUAAUAUUUUAUUAACUAGGAAGUAUAAAUAUCAUAUAAUUAUUACGAUAAUAUGUUAUCAAGAAUAUAAAAAAAAACAAAAUAUUAAUUUUCAAGGCUUUUCGCAGAAACUAUUUAUUUAUACAAGGAAAUGUUAUGAUUUGACAUAAUUAUAUUGUACUUGCAGAUUACGGGUUGUCUAUCAUGAUAUCAAGAUCAAGUGGCAUUUUGCCUACACGGCCACGAAAAAAUGUCGAUUUUGAGGCCAUCAGUAUAAAUGAAACAAAAAGGCCGAUCAAAAAAUAAAUAAAUAUAUGUAUCAUUUUUUUAAUCAUAUAUGUUAUGACAUUUCAUCAUAAUCAUAUAAACGGUGUGU